ACUCACAAUGAUCAAAAAUCGGUUUCCGCUGAGCCAGUCGGGCAGUGACAUGUGGAUGCGCCGCGCGCCUCACCUCCCUCAAGUUCGCUUUCGCUCUGAAUGGGAACAUUAACGGUGCUCCGAGCGCGCGCUACCUGAGGCUCAACCGCGGAAACAAAGGAGCGCGAGCGGCCGCUACAACGUGACCGUACCGGCCGCGCCGUGACGCGCGUCUUCCGUGCAAAAAAAAAAAAUUAAAAAAAAAAAAAACCGUUCGGAUUAUUAUGAGGCGCGAUGGCUUGGUGUGACCGUGCGGUUCAAAUGCUGCUGGCCACCGUGGGGGCUUUUGUGGCGUUUAGCCUCAUGACCAUCGCUGUCGGAACAGACUACUGGCUAUAUUCCCGGGCUUACAUUUGCAAUGCGACCAACAUCACAACAGAUGAGAUUCAGUCACAACCCAAGAAAACUCGAGGCGAUCUUACGCACUCCGGGCUCUGGAGAAUCUGCUGUAUAGAAGGCCUCAACAAAGGGAGCUGUUACCGUAUCAAUCACUUUCCAGAUGACAAUGACUAUGACACCGACAGCUCAGAGUACCUCUUACGGAUCGUUCGAGCCUCCAGUAUGUUCCCCAUCCUCAGUACAAUUCUGCUUCUGCUGGGGGGGCUGUGUGUGGGCGUGGCACGCCUCUACAACAAGAGGAACACCAUUCUACUCAGCGCAGGCAUCAUGUUCGUGGCAGCAGGUCUGAGCAACAUCAUCGGCAUAAUCGUCUACAUCUCGAGCAAUGCUGGUGACCCCAGCGACAAGCGUGACGAGGACAAGAAGAACCAGUACAACUAUGGCUGGUCCUUCUACUUCGGCGCGCUCUCCUUCAUCCUGGCGGAGGCUGUGGCCGUGCUGGCUGUAAACCUCUACAUCGAGCGGAACAAGGAGGUACGCUUCAAGGCGCAGCGGGAAUUCGUCAAGUCGGCCUCGUCCUCAUCACCGUAUUCGCGCAUGCCCAGCUUCCGCUAUCGGCGGCGUCGCUCACGCUCCAGCUCGCGCUCCACGGAGGCAUCGCGCUCCGCCUCCCCGCUCGGCAUGAAGGUAGGGGGCUCCGGGGCCCCGGGUGAGAUCAACAUGUACACGCUGACCAGGGACCCACUCAAGUCGGGGACGGACAGCUCCUACAGCCCAGAGCACGACCCUGGCUUCCUGCAGGUGCACAACUGCUUCCCCAAGGAUGUGAAUGACAGCAUCAACAGGAGGACAACACCAGUAUGAGAGAGCUCAGUGGCAGAAAGCUGGAGAAACACAGUGCCUCGGUCGUAUGACAUGGGAGCGCCACUGUGGCUGCAGGGCCUCACGGAGGCACUGCUUAUCUGUGCUUAUUAUGACAGCCAAACUACCUAACAGCUCCUGACUUUGAUGAAGGAACUCCAAUGGUCUUGGAAGACAGUGUUUAACCCUUAAAUGUCAGUGCUCAGCCAGUGUUUUGGUUCAGUGUGUAUUCUUACAGUAUUACUGGGAAAGGAUCUGAGAGACUAGCUUGGCAGGUCUUUGUAGAUCUAUGUAGAACUUACGGAGAUGUUCGGACAAUACAACCUAGAAUUAUAAAAUUCCUAUGAACAAAUCCACUUUGAAAGAACUUUUGUUGUCCUUAUCAUUCGUAGAAACAGUUUGGAUCCCCUAUCAGUACACACCAUUUUAAACAUGACUAUCCAUUUAUAAAAUGGUGCUAAAGGAUCUAGUCUCUGAGCUCAAACCUUCCCCUAUUGUGUAUUUUGUACAUAUUUAAACCCUCUAUGCCUUGAGUAUGUCAUAUGUUUUUAGCCAUUGCUGUCUUAUCCUAUUAUGUGUGCCUGUCAGCUUAUCAGUAUGAACAGCUCUGGCUGACUUAAGCUGUAGGUACUGACUGCAGAGAAUACUGUGCAUGGUUUUUCUGCUAUUGUGAAGCAAGAAAUAACCUACAGAUGCCUGAACCACAAAACAGUUAUAGAAUUAAGUGGUAUUUCGGUUAUGGAGAGAAUCCAGCAGUUAGCACAAGCAUAAAGCUUUAGUUUUGAUCUUUCAGUUCCGAUCAUGUGUGAUCAGUUGUUAAUAGGACAGAAAAAAUCACUAUUGGUGUCUCCUAUCAUGAACGAAUUGAAGACUGAUGUUAUUCCAUUGCCAUGGUUCUCACUUAGCACCAAGGACGUGCGCCUCUUCCUAAUCAGUCAACAAUCCGCCGAAAUGUGGGUUACAUCAAGAAGCUUUUCCCACCUCCACCCCUAAGCGAAGCUCCGCCUCCAUACCCAACCACACCAUGAACGUGCAUGAUGCCUGUGCUGCUCCCCUGUGCCGCUGGAGGGUCCGCGUGCAAACCUGGCGUCCCGCUGGGAUGGCGACAUCGUGCGCACCUCCAAAUGAAGCGAGUGGGGUGCGGAAAAAUGUCACACAUCCAGAAAUGAAAGAGCCCAUCAGCACAGAAAAGCAUUCCAAAGGUGCUGUCUGCUUGCUGAUACCAAUCUAGGACAAAGAAGAAGUAACGAGGACUGUCAGUCUCAAAUCAGUGUGGCUGUCCAUGUCUUAGUCCUCAAGCAGCACGCCAGCCAGCCACACACUGGCACUGUUUGUUUAAAGUAAAGCAGGGUCUCUGUGGUACCCCAAGGACAGACUUUUUCACUCUUGUUUACAAGUACACUGUUAUCUGUAUGGGAGAGAGAGUGAUGUGAAUUUUGGGACAAAGGCACAUUGCUGAAGUCAUUACUUCUUGAGCAAAGUGUCUCGCUUACGUGUAUAUAACUGAAAUGUGUUGGGUUCCCUCAAAGCAUAUAUAGCUGCAUUCACUCAGUAAAACUGUUUUCACAUGGGCUUAGAGCCAUGCCUCAGUGUAGCAUGGUAGGUAAUCUUAGUUAUCAGUUUUUUCUAUGAUCCAUGGUGUGUGCUUUAGGUAUAAUUUACAGGUGUGGUGACAUAACCACUAAGCCCAUGCUUGUAACGCUCUACAUCUCUCAAGAAAGACAUUUUGCUCACCUUAGCUUCUCUUUAUUUGCUGUUGUUGUUCUCAGUAUUGCUCUCUCACCAACAAUGUCACCAUAUUAUUGCUCACUUGAAUAAAUUAAGUCAGGAUGUGUACUGUCUGGCUCAUGACUUUA